AUGCCGUCAAUGGUAACAGGCCGUGCCCUUCUGAGAAAGCCUCUGCCACAGCUGCAUAUUUCCUCCAACCGACCCAUCUGCCAUCAUGCCAGGGCGAGCGCAUUGCACAACAAGACAUUCCUCGGGCCUGUGAGCGACUGGCCAAACAUCUUCCAAGAGGUAAAGCAAUUUGAGAAGAAUCAAGAUUGGUCCCCCAGACUGCUAAGAUGGAGCCUCCUGGGUAGACAGGUUGAUGCAGAAUUUGUCGCCAUUGCGACGAGCACGAACUCCAAGGGCGAUUCCAGCUACACAUCAUGGAAGGUGUGGUUCGCGGAUUUCAAAUCAGCCGACAUUGCUGAUGUAUCCCGGAUAUACCCUCACCCCCGACGUGGCACUGAUCUCAAUCGACCCGGCCACCUAGCAUUGACCAGCUCAAGGCUGUAG